UCGAUCCUCGUGACCUCCGGAGGCCAAGUUCCCGUCAAGUUUGGGGAAGUCAGAGCCCCACGGGGCCGCACCUGGCCCAGCGCGUGACCCAGCGCCCCACAGUCCCGGCACAGAUUUCUCGAUGCCAGCCACAGAGCUGCGAUGAGCCCGCUGCUGCUGGCCGCGCUGCUGUGGGUCCCAGCCGGGGCCCUGACCUGCUACGGGGACUCGGGGCAGCCCGUGGACUGGUUCGUGGUGUACAAGCUGCCGAUCAAUAGCGGGUCCCGGGAUGCGUGGCAGAGCGGGCUGCGGUACAAGUACAUGGACCCGGACUCAGGGGGCUGGCGCGACGGCGCUGGGCUCAUCAACAGCUCGGCGGGGGCGGUCGGCCGCAGCCUGCAGCCGCUGUACCGGAGCAACACCAGCCAGCUCGCCUUCCUUCUCUACAAUGACCAGCCGCCUAAAGCCAGCAGGGCUUGGGACACUUCCAGCCGCGGACACACGAAGGGUGUCUUGCUCAUGGGCCAAGAUGGGGGCUUGUGGCUGGUCCACAGUGUGCCGCGUUUCCCUCCACUCCCCUCCCCUGCUGGAUACAGAUGGCCUUACAAUGCCCGCAUCAACGGGCAGACCCUGCUCUGUGUGUCCUUUCCCCUCACCCAGUUCCUGAAGAUUGGCAAGCAGCUGACCUAUACCUACCCCCUGGUCUAUGACCACAAGCUGGAAGGGGUCUUUGCCCAGAAAUUCCCCGACCUGGAGGACGUGAUCAAGGGCCACCACAUUCGCCACAAACCCUGGAACAGCAGUGUAACGCUCACGUCACAGGCAGGGGCUACUUUCCAGAGCUUUGUCAAAUCUGCACAAUUUGGAGAUGACCUAUACUCCGGCUGGUUGGCAGGAGCCCUUGGCAGCAACCUGCAGGUCCAGUUCUGGCAAAACUCUCCAGGCAUCCUGCCCUCCAACUGCUCGGGGACCUGGAAAGUUCUGGAUGUGACCCAGACAGAGUUCCCUGGGCCAGCCGGGCCAACCUUCAGUGCCAGAGAGGACCAUUCCAAAUGGUGUGUGGCCCCCAAAGGGCCCUGGGCCUGCGUGGGAGACAUGAAUCGGAACCACGGAGAGGAGCACCGGGGUGGGGGCAUGCUGUGUGCCCAGCUGCCAGCUCUCUGGAAGGCCUUCCAGCCCCUGGUGAAGGCCUGGGAGCCCUGUAGGGACAAAAGCUGGGCCAGGAAGCCCCGCAGAGCACAUGAGAGCUAAGGCUCAGGAACCCAUUUGGACUUGACUUUGAAUCCCAGUUCAGACCCCUAAUUGUAUGACUUUAAUUGUGUGCCCUAACCUAUGACUCAGUCUGCUCAUCUGCAAAAUGGGAAACAUAACACGUGCCACUCAGGGUUGUUGAGGAGUAA